GGACUCUGCUCUGCACCUCGGUUCGUUCUGUCAUGCGCCAUCCGAGCAAACUAACCGAAGGCUAGAUCCAUGACGUCAGAGCUCAACCGACUCACAGUGCAGUGGGCACAGCAAUCUCUCUCCCCCGCCUCUCAUCACACACACACACAUAACGCAUACCAAACUGUCUCCCCGUCCAAACAUGUUUUAACCUGGAGCCCUGAAGGAGCAGCCAACCAGGACAGAAGGGCGCAAAAUAAAGGCGCAUUAAGCUUGACAAUACCCGUUCUACUAUAUCUCUCGAUGGCUUGAUUAUUUUGAAGCCUAUCCUCGGUGGUUUUCGGUCAAGGCACCGCCAGGGCUCAAGCCUUCGAGAUGCACGGUGGCUGCUGCUGCCGCCAACCACUGCACCACAACACGGACACCGCCACGGGCCCAGUUCUAUCAUGGUUUUCAAACGGAGAGCGAGGAGGAUGCGUCUUGGGCUGGGGUGCUAUCGGGUGGGGCCCACGUGGCUCUGGAAGGCCCUGCUGGUGUUCGUGGCCAUUGCCUUUGCAGGACAGCUCCUGGGAGUCAUCUACAACAAAAGCCUCCAGCAGGACAGGUCGUGGUGGUUGUUCUCAUCCGAUGGCCAGGGCCCGUCUCUGGGCUUCUGUCGGCCCCACAGCCACGUCAUGUUCCUGAAAACCCACAAGACAGCCAGCAGCACCGUCCUCAACAUUCUCUACCGUUACGGAGAGGAGAAGGACCUGCGCUUCGCCCUGCCUCUGGGGUAUCAGUUUGGCUACCCCCUCCCUUUCAACGCCCACAGGGUCAAAGGUUACAGAGGGCCCCGUGUGGCAGAAUUCAGCAUCAUGGGAAAUCACAUGCGCUUCAACAAACCAGAGGUAGAGAAGGUGAUGCCAGCCGACACCUUCUAUUUCUCCAUCCUUCGUGACCCUGUAGCGCUCACUGAGUCGUCCUACGCCUACUACAAAGCCGUUGCCCCUGCCUUCAGGAAAGCCAAAGGCCUGGGAGACUUCGCCGACAACCCCCAGAAGUACUACGACCCCCAUCUCCGUAACAACCACUACGCUCGCAACCUGCUGUGGUUCGACUUCGGCCUGGACCACAACGCCAACUUCUCCACCACACUGACGCAACGAGGUGAAGUGGCCAUUCGACGUGCCUUCAAACUCAUCCUGGUCUCGGAGCACUUUGACGAAUCCAUGGUACUGCUCCGCCAUGCCCUCUGUUGGCCUCUGGACGCUGUCGUCUCCUUUAGCCUGAACGCCCGGCAGCAAAAGUCCAAUGGAGGCAGCUCCUGGGUGGAUAAAGCGGCCGCUGCUCAGCCCCCCGCCAUGGCUCUCACAGACAACCAACGGCAGAAGCUCCGGGAGUGGAACUCCCUGGACUGGCACCUCUAUCAGGCAUUCAACCGCUCCUUCUGGGAUGAAGUGGAUCGCUUUGGGAGAGCCAGAAUGGACCAAGAGGUCGUUCUACUCCGGACCCGCCGGGAGUUGCUGGCUAAAGCUUGCCUGAGGGAAGGCGGGAGGCCGGUAGAGGCAAGCCGCAUCCGGGACAAGAACAUCAGGCCCUUCCAGAGCGGUUUGGUGAAGAUCCUAGGAUAUGAGCUCCAGCCUGGGCUGGACAACGCUACCCGUCAGGCCUGUCUGAGGAUGAUCAGGCCGGAGAUCCAGUAUAAAGACCUGCUGGAUGCCAGGCAGUUCCCCAGGGCAGCUCCCCAGCCUGCCCAGGCUCCGCCCCCAGCUAUCCCUGCUGGGGGAGCCUACAUGAGGAAAGGCCCCUCCCAACUCAGGACAGGAGAGCUGGGAGUGGAGGGGGAAAGGAGGAUGGGGGAGGAGGAGAGGGACUGGGACGGGAGUCGGUUAUCACGUAGUAAUAAUAAUAACCAAACAUUGGUGCGAGAUAGAGGUGGAAGAGAGGGGAAAAGGAACAUAAGAUAGUUUCCCAUCCAGAAUUAAUUCCAGGUGGGGAGUGGAUAAGACUAAACCCGGACUGAGCCUGUGUACUCGUACUCAAGCACCUGUUGAGUAUUUCUAUUACUCAAGUACUCCGAAAGACCCAUUCUCCCUCCAACCCUGCUGUACCUCCACUUUAUUGUACAUCCCCGUUUUUUUGGCACAUCUUAUGACCGGUUAUGAUUCCCUUAUGUUCAUAUUGACUCUGUAAGGGUGCGAUUUAUGGGGAAGCUAAGCUUCCCUGAAUGACACAUGAGCUCCUCUAAAGAUAACAAAAGUCAAAAAAUGUUGUUUUUUUUCUGGGAGGGGUAUUGAUAAUUUGACCUAGACACGCACCGACAGCAAGACGCAUUAAUCUUACCGCUCAGUAUGUGUUGCCCAUAUAUCUGAUGCUGUCGGGACCAAACAAGUAUGACAGAGGGGCAGCGUUUCGCACGCUCCGAUCCUUUCUCUGGUGAGAUACAAGUAACUGCCAAAAUAAAGGAAACACCAACAUCAAGUGUCUUAAUAGGGCGUUGGGUCACAACAGCUUCAAUGCUCAUGCCGCUGUAGCAUCGAUUCUGGAACUCUAUUGGAGUGAUGUGACACCAUUCUUCCAUGACAAAUUCCAUAAUUUGGUGUUUUGAUGAUGGCGGUGGAAAAUGCUGUCUCAGGCACCACUCCAGAGUCUCCCAUAAGUGUUCAAUUGGGUUGAGAUCUGGUGACACACACACACACACAUCCUUUAAACCCCUUAUGCUCAUUUGAGACCCUUCUUUCAAAGUCACUGAGAUCUCUUCUAGUCAUGGUAGCCAAAAUAAUGGGCAACUGGGCAUUUUUGUACAUGACACUAUGCAUGAUGAGCUUAAUUAACUCAGGAACCACACCUGUGUGGAACCACCUGCUUACAAUAUACUUUGUAUCUCUUAUUUACUCAAGUGUUUCCUUUAUUUUGGCAAUUACAUAUAAUUUCAUUCUGCCAAUUGAAGGAAAAUGACUUAACUUAUUUUUGUAUAAAAAAAUAAAUAUUGUUCACAUUUUUGGGGAAACAUGGCUUCCCUUGGCAUCCAAGAAUACACCCACUGUAGAAGGCCUAAUGAAAAUCACCAAAUGUCAUUACACUGAUGGUGUCUAUAGCAGAUGUCUCUUUCUAUUCAUUAAAUGGCGCGUGCACAGUGCACUGUUUGGAUGCUGUAAUUAUUUUGGAGUGGAGGAACCGCAGGUAGCCGACUUUUUGAAGUGAUAUGUUUUACAAUCAGAUGACUACUUCAUGACUGGUUGUGCUCAUGCCACAUUAAAAUGUAAUACAUUUUUACAGUUAAAUUAUAAUAAUAUCUUUACUAUUAGGCCAAUAAAAAACUGUUUCCUAGUAGACGCUCCCCUGAAUGUCACAGUAUAGUUUGCUCUCCGGACUUUAUGAACACAGGACGUGAAAUGGAAUUGCAUCGCAAUCAGUGGGCCAACUGUCAUUCAAAAAGUUUACUCCUCUGCUUGAGAUUCGGCAGUCCAACUUCUCUUGCACGAUCAAAAUGUCAGCAUUUUUUUUGUUUUUAGAAAAAUGCUAAUGUUAAAACAGCAAACAGGCAGCCAGCCAUAGCUACUGUAAAUGCUGGGGUAGGGAUGAUGUGAGUUGCAUGUUCUGACUCGGAAUGGAAUUCUUCCCUCUGAACGCAGUGUGCCUGGCGUAGAAAAAGUAGUUCACAUGAAGCAGUGGAGGCUGGUGUGAGGAGGACAGCUCAUAAUGGCUGGAAUGCAAUGAAAGGAACGGCAACAAUCACAUGGUUUCCAUGUGUUUGAUAGCAUUCUAUUCGUGCCAUUCCAAUGAGCCUGUCCUAUAAUUUAAAGUGACACUAGCCUCCACUGAUACAAAGCCAGCAUUGAAGAGCAGUGAAUCUCACAAUAGGCCUUACUGUGAUGUCUUCUAGAGAGAUAGAUGGAGAACAUCUUAAAGGCCCAGUGCAGCUGUUUUUAUAUCAAUGUCAAAUCAUUUCUGUCUACCAAUUAAGUAAUAGACUUCUAUUAAAAAGGGCAGAAAUAGUUUCUUUAUGAAAAGUUCUCAAGCUAGAAUUUAGCUUGGACUGUCGGGACGGGGAUUAUAGCUGUUAUUGGCAGAGAGGAUUUUAACUUUGUUAUUGUUAUCUAUUAAACAAUUUAUCGCAUGGUGAUGUCACCAUGGAAACCCGUUACUCCCGCCUAUACAAGCCUGCUGAUUAGAAGGGCCUGUGUAGAUAUUUUAAUUUUUCGACCAGCAACUUUCAGGAAAUAACACUGAUAAUAAAAUAUGUAAAAAACUUCUACAGUGUUAGUUUCAUCAGCGGUAUCAAUUAUAUAACAGAAUGUUGACUGCACUGGGCCUUUAAUGUUAACACAUGGUACUUUGAUAGGGACCGACAUGUACUGUAUCUGAACUGAAGCACUGUGGUUGAAUGGAUAGCAAGUCUGACUAACUUUUUUUUAGUGUGCCUUUUCAUACACUGUACGUAUGUAAUAUAGUACACACAGUAUUUCCCUGGCUCAGUGGUAAGUUUCAAUGCGAGCUAGGAUUCCACCCCCUCACAUAGAUAUUCACAUGUGAAGCCUGAGUACAUCUCAUGCAUACCUUACAUACAAGAACACGUAUGUACGUCAUAUCUUACAUAGUAUAUACAUUUUAACACACACACACACAAACUACUCUGUCAUGCUUGACAGCGUAAUUGAAUCAUGGAAGCUCAUUAAAAUGCAUUCUCACAUGUCAGCCAGCCAGCACAAUUGGUGUCAGGUGACCAUGGGGUGCAUAUAUAAAGGUACGCCAUCUGGUGGUGUGGAGGUGUAAUGCUAUAAUCCUGGUCCCAGAUCUAGGUGUGCUGUAUUAACCAACUCUUAGACCAGGCUAUAGCAAUGCCACUGAGUACCAGGAUGUUAUUAUUGGUUGACGAUCUUACUAGUGUAAGAUCCACACAUGUAUUAAUGUCUUUGGUGGAACGAGCUGUGAUUUUUGGAGAGAAUCUGACCAAGUCAGUUCAUUUUUAUUAAGCAAUCUAGAUUAUAUAAUUUCUGGUGUGUCACAGCAUCUUUGAACAGAACAGAAUUUACCUGAAGCUUCUUUAAACAACAGGGGGACACACACAGCUAUCGUUUCCCUUUCCAUUCACCACUCCAGGUGCAGUGUAAUCUAUUUCAAGUUUUAUUUUUUUAAUCAUUUUGGAACAUUUUUCAGAUGUAAGUGGUAUAUUUUCUAAGCUCUAUGUACAAAACUCUAAACUGAUAACACGUGUAAUGCCUCCUGUCUAAUGUUCAGAACCUUUGAUUGUGCAUUCAUUGAGGUUGCACACGUCUUUCACCCCUGGAUCAUUCAUGCCAAAUCAAAGUUUUCCAUAAAAUACAACAUUUAGUUAAGUCGCCAAUACAUCAGAUAAUGUAUGUAAGGCCUAUCAUCAUCAUACACGUUAGCGAGGCACUACAUCAUGUUGGUUCAGUAGUGAGCCGUUUGAUUAACUAAUAGUUAAUUGUAUUGUUUGCAAUUGACAAAAUCAUAUCAAAAGUAAAGUGAAUAUUGUGUUUUGAAAAGCAGAUACUUAUAUUGAAUAUGCAUCCGAAUUGAAAGAGUGAUUCGCUGGAGUGAACAAGACACUGAAUUUGUUUGGUGCUCAGUCAAUGGAAAAUGUGCUUAGAGUUUUGAAAUAUGAGCCAUUUUGAUGUUCUGUUUAGAUUUCUGUGCUUAGAGUUGUGAAAAUAUACCACACUUGUGAAAAUUGCACCAAAGGGAUUGAAAAAAAACUUGAAUGACUUGGUAUUAGCAUUGUGAAAGUGGUGUCUGUUAGUGUGUGACAAACAGUCAAGGAAUUCAUUGUCCAUAAAACCUAGAACAUUUAUUACAGAAUCACAUUGACACACUAGUCUACUGCAGUUUUACAACUGUUAAAUUCACCUUUUAAGGAAAAGCUGUUAUGCCGCUCUGUUAUGAGGUGUGACGUUUUAUCAUUUUAUUUCAUCUCAGUACACUACACUCCGUUGGGUAACUGCCAUUUUUUGUUGAGUUCAGGCAGUUUACUCAACAGCAAUACAGUUGAUUCAUCCACAACUGAAAUAUCUUUUUACAUUUAUUUCAACGGUUAGACUUAACUAAAAAUUGAAUUUGUUGGUUACAUCAACUGGUAACAUCAACUGCUAUGUCUUUCAUUGUGUCUAUUUUAUGAACCAUGGUUAUGGUGGGCUUCUCAACUAAAAGCCCAUUUCACUGUCUCCAUGUUUGUCGUCUUGACUAAGACUCGGAGAUGGUGUUUUUUGGUGGUGGUUUUAAGAGAAAAAGAAAAUGUUGAAUGACAAAGAUAAACGCUAAUAAAACAGUUUUUCCCUCCCCUUAAACUGUACAUUUUGGGAACAGGGCUUUAAAAAUGACUGUUUCUGUGUUUAUCAUUACUUUUUAAAAUCUCUUGUAUAUAUUGUAUGUAUUAUUUUAAGGUAAAUUUGACUUGACUGCACUGUUUGUUUAUUUUAUUUUUACAUUUAAGAGCUAAUGGAAACACACACAUUGAUACACAAUUUAAUUAUGUUGAUUAUCCCAUUUCUUUGAGACAUAAUUAUUAUAAUAUUAACAAUAUACAAAAACACACUGUACAGUACGUGACCCCAGUACAUUUAGGAAUAAUUUAUUAAUUAAAGCAAUGGCAAGUAUACAACCACACACACACACAAAGCAGUGACUGAUAUAGGCAAAUGUAUCUACUGACAAUACUGUAAGAAAUUGUCAUUUUGUUCCUCCAAACUUGUUAAUUUUUAAAGUGAUGGGAUUCACACUUCUUGAAAGCAGCCUGUAAGGCAACUCUACCCCCAAGACGGAUGUUUAACCAGAGGUUGAGAGUCUCACAGGCUACUUUCAAGGCAUCUUUGUGCAGAUUGCUAUGCCCAUACAGAAAAACCACAUGAUUUUCCAUGUGGAACAUUUCACGUGUCUUCACAUGUUGUCACGUGUUCUCACAUUAACGGCUCAUACGAUCACACAUUCAUGUGGUUUUGAAACACUAUAUGUGAAAUUCAUGGGUGGUACUGUGAUAAUGCUACUUUUCUGUUGACCUCUCUACUAUUGACUUGAUACACUAUUCUCACAUGAUGGGAACCAUGUUACAUAUUGUAUGUCUGUGAGAAUGUAUGGUACUGUACACUAUUGAAAUAAAGGGUUCUUGUCUCAUGUAUGUUGACUUGAAGAAUACUCA